CAAAAUCGUGUCAAAUUUUUGACAGAAGUCAAAAAUGUUUACAAUAUUUUCCAAAACUCAUUUAUCAUAAACAACUGCAAACGAUACAAAAACAAUGGCUUUAAGUAAAAUAACUUCGAUCAGACAUCUAUACAUCUGUAAACAAAUACACCAGCAGAAUUUUGCAAAAUAUAAAAUCAAUUAUAGUAUAUUUAACAAAAGUAAUUUUGAAAUUCGUUGUAAAAGUAUAAGGAAUUUUAGAAGAUCACGAGAUGGUCAGACGACGAAAGAUAACUUUCAGCAAGUUGAGACUCCGUUUCAGGGGGUACACGUUGAAACCGGGCCUGUGCAUUAUAGCACCUUGAUAAGACCCUUGGGAUUCACAAUCGCUUUUACUUGUGCAAGUGUAGUUGCUACAUCGAUUUGGCAAUAUGAAAACUUGAGAAGUAGAGUUUCAAAUGCAGUAAGAAAUCCUGUUGGAUGGAUUCAGAAUAAACUGCAAUAUCCCACACACAAGGCAAUAGGUUGGAGAAGAGACCUAAAUAAUUGGUGGAAAAAUCUGUCGGAUGCUGAAAAAUUAUUUAUACCAAUAUGUUUUCUGAAUGUCCUAGUGUUUGGAGCGUGGCGUGUGCCUCAAUUUCAGCCGGCAAUGGUUAAAUAUUUUUGCUCAAAUCCUGCCAGCCGUGCAAUUUGUUGGCCAAUGUUUUUGUCUACGUUUAGUCAUUACUCAUUUUUCCACUUGGUAGCAAAUAUGUAUGUUCUGCAUAGUUUUAGUUCAGGUGUGAUUUCAUCGUUAGGUAAAGAAGAAUUUUUAGCAUUAUAUUUAACAUCAGGGGUGGUGUCCAGUUUUGCGAGUUACAUUCUCAAAGUUGGAUCUGGACAGGCUGGACUUUCUUUGGGAGCGUCUGGUGCAAUCAUGGGAAUAAUUGGAUACGUAUGCUCGCAGUAUCCUGAUACAACGCUGAGUAUAAUAUUUUUGCCGUUUUUGCAAUUUUCUGCAGGCGCAGCAAUCAAAGGAAUCAUGGCAAUGGAUCUAGCAGGUAUAAUUUUCGGAUGGAAAUUCUUUGAUCACGCUGCCCAUUUAGGAGGAGCCCUAACAGGAAUAUUUUGGUGUUACUUCGGCCACCAGUACAUUUGGCAAAAACGUGACCCCAUAGUUAAGUAUUGGCAUAAAUUACGCAACGGAGAGCUUAAAUAAUAAAUUUAUAUUUUGUGUAUAGAAUUAUUUUAACAAGG